CGUCCGGUGGUUCAUCAAAGAGAGAAUUUGAAAACAGAGUUGAAUUAUCAUAAAAUUGUGCUAUAUUAUUUUAAAUAAUAAAAGAUAAAAUAAUUAAUUAUCAGUUGUUUAUAGUGCAGAAUAUUGUUUUUUAGACGCAAGUUGAUAUAAUUUUACUGUAAAAGUAUUUUCUACCAAUUCACUAUGAAAAUAAUUGUAUUUUUUCUAGCUGUUAGCAAUUUACUCAUAUCAGCACAGAGAAUCACUACAAUUCAGCUAGAUGGUGUGCAAUAUUUUAUAUCUAGAAUGAAUCCUUAUAGUCCUGAGUUAAAUUAUUUUUUAGCAUACCAGUACUGUCGUUCACUUGGUUUGCAACUUGUUUCAUUUGAGACAAAAGAAAAAGCUGAUAUUAUGACACAAUAUUUGAAAAAUGCAGGCUACUCAAAAUAUGAUUUUUGGACUUCUGGAAAUAAUCUUGGUACAGACAUGUUUCUUUGGAUGAGUUCUGGACUUCCUUUCAACGCAACUUUUGAUUACAUGGUGAAAUCAUCUAAUAAUAAAUCCAUAGACGUUCCACCAGGUACUGAACCACAGCGUGUUGCUCGAGAAAGUGUUAAUAAUGGAGUUAUUGAAGGCUGUGUAGUCAUGGAAUCGCCAAAUUUGAAAUGGAAUAUUUUAGAUUGUAUGCUUGUAAAAGACUUCAUUUGUGAACAAACUAGAUGUUAUUAUUACAAUUAUGGCAGUAUUCCUGUUUCUGCAUCUCAGGGAAAAACAAGACCAUACCUUAUUAUAUCAACGACAGAGAAAAAUAUAGAAACGUCACAAAUAUCAGAAUCAACCAUAAAACCUUUAAAUGCGACGCUUAAAUACAAAUUUAUCAGAGAUCGAAAAACGGAAGGGUCUGUUCCUAAAAAUCAAGGAUCCAUAAAAUUGACCGAUGAAAUAAUUCCAAUAGAACGAGAAACGGAAGAAAAUGAAGCAAAUAGACUGAAACAUUUACCGAAUAUAGCAACUCUUUUUACUGAUAGUAGAAUAAGUAAAGAGAACGUUUUUGCAGGUCUUGAAACUCAUGAAGUACGUUCUACGUCCAAAAAUUCUGCAAAAAUUAAUCGUGAUCUACUUCAUUCAAAAAUAAAAGAAACUGAGGCAACGGAUGCCGUAUUUACUGAAGAUUAUACUGUCGGUCCAUAUGAUUCAAUCGAUUUCGAUUUUCAAGCUGACCAAGCUGAUUAUGUUCUGAAUUAUAAAAAAGACUUAUCUAAUAUUGACGAUGAUUCUAGUACAACUGUUCCCGAAAUAGAACCUUUUUAUAAAUAUCACAUUAAAAUUCGUAAUAAUGGAAAAGUAUUAGGAUCUUCAGUAAAAUAA